CGAGUGAUUAUCAUUAUGAGGUCAUAUCGCAUUGGGCCCAAUAAACUUUUGAAUUCUCGACAAUCCGUUUGGGCUAUCACAAGAAAGUCUCCAAUACACAUGAGCUGCAGAUUGUCAAAAAUUGAUUUGCUGAGGCGUGCAAAAUUCAAAUCCUGUAAAAUGAACAUAUCCAGGCCGGACAAAUCGAAUAUCGGUGCCAAUUUUGUUGACAGAACUAGAAGUUUUCACUGUGCUCUAAGGCCAAUUAUCAUAUUGGCUCAAUGUUUUGCUGUUUUUCCAAUCAGCGGCAUUAAAUCAGACAAUGCAAGCGAUUUAAGAUUCACAUGGAGCAGUUUAAAAAUCUUGUAUUGCUGCAUAUCUACGUUAGGUUCCAUAAUUCUGACAUUGUUUAGUGUUUAUCGUUUAGCGACCAGCUCCAUCACUUCUAGUAAAACAAGCAAUCUCGUAUUCUUUUUCACGGCCGGAAUAACGGCACUGCUCUUCCUCAAGCUCGCCCGCCAAUGGCCCGGAUUUGCCAUCUCCUGGGAAAACAUGGAGCGGGAACUGGCAGCGAGACACAAUCCCCACCGGACCACCACACCUACCCUUGCCCUCAAAUUUAAAAUCUUAAGUAUUAUCGUAAUGGUCCUGGCUCUAGUGGAGCAUACCCUCUCAAUAUUGGCUGGAUAUGUUAGUGCCUUGGAAUGUGCAAAUCUUCGUGGAGAUACCAACAUUGUUGCUACAUACUUUGCGCUUCAAUUUCCACAAAUGUUUACAAACUCAAAUUAUGCAUUUUGGAAAGGAUUUAUUGUUCAAUUUGUUAAUAUUCUCAGUACGUUUUCUUGGAAUUUUAUGGACUUAUUUCUUAUCCUAAUUAGCGUUGCACUUACCGACCAAUUUAGACAAUUGAACAACAGACUGUACUCAAUCAGAGGCAAGGCAAUGCCGGAAUGGUGGUGGGCCGAAGCCCGAAUUGAUUUCAAUCGGCUGGCUACAGUGACGCGACGCAUCGAUUCCCAAAUCUCCGACAUCGUUCUGUUAUCCUUUGCUACUAAUCUCUACUUCAUUUGCAUUCAGCUGCUCAACUCUUUCAAGCCAAUGCCAAACGCCAUUCAGACUGUAUAUUUCUGUUUUUCAUUUGGCUUCCUUCUUGCAAGAGCAUCGGCGGUCUCUUUAUACGCAGCCACAGUCCAUGAUGAAUCACUUUUACCAGCUCCUAUAUUAUAUAGUGUUUGCAGUGCAAGUUAUUCGACAGAAGUUCGCAGAUUUUUAAUACAAGUGACGACGGAUACCAUUAGUUUAACGGGAAUGAAGUUCUUCUCUAUCACGCGUAGUUUGAUACUAACGGUGGCCGGGACAAUCGUCACAUAUGAACUUGUCUUGGUACAAUUCAAUGCUGUUCAUGUUGAUCAUGAACCGAGUGACUCCAACAUCACUAAAGUUUGUGAGCAUUUCAUCGAGCCAUGACGAGCACAUCAAACGAUUCUCAACCACAAUUUCUUCUUCUUUUUUUU